GUUUCUUGCACAUUCAGAUAUAAGUGCUUUUCUUAUAUGGAAUUGAUAUCAGUUGAAGGUACUGUUGUAAAACUAAGAACACUCGAUGUUUGUCUCGUCCUAGUAUGAGACUCGUCAGGAGUGCGCACCCCUAACCACGCAAGAAAUUUAACCUUGAACCUUGCAGAUCUCACGCUAGGGACAUUAACACUCAAUCACUGGGUUGGGACUGGAUUGGUCUUAUAUAUUACUAUGAAUCUCAAAAGGCACGAGGUCGAAUUCAAGCAUGCAACUUGAUGCACAGUUUUAUUAACUCCUGUUUCGAAUUUGUUUUUCGUUUUUCUUGUUCUUGCUUCGUUUCACCUAGUAUAAACGUUUCACUGUUGUAUAUGAUGUGAUGGGAAGAUUCCAGUGAAAUUGUGAACAGUAGUAUUCUAAGUCGAUUUAUUCAUAUAUACCUGAUUUCAUUCAUCCUUCUUGUUUAUGAACGGUUUGUUUAGUGUUGUUGAUGAGGAUGAAGUUUUGGCGUUUCCUAUUUGUGUGUAUAUUUGUUUCGUUCGUGUGCUUACUUUCUAUAACCUUGUGAUUGACUUGAUUUUCAGCUAGUAUUAAAUGCUAUAAAAUUGAUUUUCAGAUGUAGAUGUUCCGGUUGUGUGCAUCCGUUGAUAGCCAGUUGGCAGUUCUUCCACGCAUGCAGUAACCAAACAGUCAAAGCAAAGGAUUCUUUAAAGUUAUCUAAUAUGAAUCAUCAGAAUACCUCUAUGGAAAUAAACGUAGAUUUAAUAAAGCCUAAUGCAUCAAAUGAGUUUGAACAAAAUCCUAUGGUCAUCGCAUUCAGUGAAGAAGUAGAUCCUGCUGAUACUGAAAUCUAUUACUGUAAUGAUUCAGAGUCGUCGUUUGCAUCGUAUACCUGUAUUCCUAACGGUCUUGCUGACAGUAGUGAUGAACAGGUUGAUAAGGAUGGUGAUGAUGAUGACAAUUCGUGCAUUGGUUCAGCUGACUGUUCGCACAAAGAAUUACCUCAUGGAAUAACGCAUAAAAUACAAACGAAUCUACACUUAGAACAACAGGUGAAAGAGAAUUAUAUGAUGUUUUAG